GUAUGCCCCCCAGCUGCCUCCCGCACACACUGGGUUCCGUUAGUUGCCUGUAACUCAGGGUAAAGUGUGAGCGUGUGAAGUCAUGCAGGGAAGAUCGAUGAUACUGCAGCAGCAGCAGCGGGGACUUUGCCCUCCCUAUGUGUAGUCUGCUGCACGGUAUGACUCGCUGCAGAGUCAGAGAAUAGGAGGAGGUAAAGCAGGUACUCAGUGUAAGUUUAUUUAUGAAACUGGACUCGGCCCCACCUACGGAGCGUCACACCUUCAUGGUUUCCAUCAGGGAGGGGACAGGUGCAGAGUGUAGGCAGGCAAGAAAAGGCAGCAGAGGACGGAGAGCCUGUGUGUGCAGCAGGAACAGGAGCUGCUGCCAGAAGAGUCCAGCAGGAAACGACAUAGCCUGGAACAGCAACAGGAGGAGGCCGACGGGAGAAGAAGUGACUGUGGGAAGUUCCUCUGCGCCGGAUUACCACCUGGGACGCCUAAUAAGUGCACUUGUGAUCGCUGAAGGGAGUCUCUGGUUCCCGGGCUGAGCGCUGCGAUCUCUUGGAUCUCCUGAUAAUGGGGUAUACAGCGUCAUCCAGAGGAUCUGCCGUGCUGUGCUGGCUCCUGGCGGUGCUCCUGCCAUUGACCGUGUUUGGAAAUCCUUGUCACAAAGUGAAAUUUUCCGUGCCAGAUGUUAUCCAUUCCAAUGCCUUAGUUGGCAAAGUCCAUCUGCAAACCUGUAUGCAUCCCAAUGAAGUAAUUGCUGGAUCAAACAAUCAAAGUUUUGCAGUUGAACAUGUAGAGUCUAUGUAUGGUAUUUAUUCUACGAAACGUAUUACAAUGCCUAGUCAUGCUGUGUCAUUUGGAAUUAUAGUCCUGGAUCUGACCACCUUGACUGAGAGGAUCAUUAAAGUUAAGCUCGUACCUGAAAAAAAAAUUGGUAAAUCAAGAAUUGCUAGAGAGCUGCUGAAGCGUACAAAGAGAAGAUGGCGGCCCAUGCCCUUUUCAGUCCAAGAGAACUACAGAGGGAAAUUUCCAGCCUUUGUUCAACAGGUCCAGUCUGACACUCAGCAAGACUAUGAAAUUUUAUACUCCAUCAGGGGACAGGGUGUGGACCAGCCACCCGUUGGAUUGUUUCUGAUAAAUGCAGAAACUGGCGAUAUAUUUAUUACAGGUCCAGUAGAUCGUGAAGAGUAUUCUUCUUUUCAGAUGGUGGCUUAUGCAGAGACAAAAACUGGAUAUUCACCUGAAAUUCCUCUCGAACUACCGGUCAUAGUGGAAGAUGAUAAUGAUAAUGCUCCCCAGUUUACUGAAGAGUUGUUUUGUGCUGAAGUCUUAGAGCAUAGCAAAUCUGGUGCUAUUGUGGGAAGGGUAAACGCCACAGACAGAGAUGACCCGAACACCCGGCACACCUUGCUAGCAUAUUAUCUUAUUCGUCAACUUCCCCCAACCAGUCCUCCCAUGUUUGCUGUCAAUCAACAAUACGGCAUUGUCACUACAGUUUCAAAUCAACUGAACAGAGAGGUACAAGACCAGUAUACUCUUAUAAUUGAAGUACGUGAUAUGGGUGGUGGUAUUGGAUGUUUGACUUCAACAGGGACCAUGUCUAUAACUAUCCUAGAUAUCAAUGAUUAUCCACCAACUUUCACUAUGCAAUCUUAUCGUACAGAAGUGAAUGAAAACGAAAGUGGAAUGGUCAUACUAAAAAUCCCUGUAACAGAUAAAGACUUGGUCAAUACUGCGAACUGGAGAGCUGUAUAUACUAUCACACAAGGAAAUGAAAAAGGUCAUUUCAAUAUAAGCACUGAUCCAAACACUAAUGAGGGACUGCUCCGUGUUAUAAAGGGCAUAAACUAUGAGGAAGACCAACAGUUUUUAUUACAGGUUGCCGUUGCUAAUGAAGUUAGUCUUAUAACUCAAUCUGGGACAAAAAGCAGUGGCGUUAGCACUGUACCAGUCACAGUCAUUGUAAGAGAUGUGGAUGAAGGGCCUGAAUGCCAACCUCGUAUUAAAGAAGUGCGUGUUCGAGAAAAUCAGACAAUUGGAACGUUAGUUACAGAUUACCAAGCCAUUGACCCUGAAACUAAAGGCAGUUCUGGGAUACGAUACACCAAAUUGUCAGAUCCUCAAUCUUGGGUCAAUAUUGCAGAAGGCUCUGGUCGAAUAACAAUUGCAAAGGUUUUGGAUUAUGAGUCGUCUGAUACACCGAAGCAGUAUAAUGUGACCUUUUUGGCAACUGAUCAAACUGGCAAAUCUGGCACCUGUACCUUGUCUAUUGUUGUUGAGGAUGUGAAUGACAAUAUACCAGUGUUACCAAGAAGUGAUUUAACGGUUUGCAACCAAGGCAGAACAUCUGUUGUGGUCCAAGCAGAAGACGCAGAUAGCUCUUCCCAUACCAGUCCAUUUUUUUUUAGUUUGGAUGGCAGCAAAGAUGCGAAUGUUAAUAAUAAUUGGAAAAUAACACAGCAAGAUGGACAUUCUGCACAAAUAGAACAUAUUGGUAAUAAUCCAAACGGUCCUUUGACUAUUCCUGUAAGAGUGACUGAUGGUCAUGGUUUAGGCUCUACACAAAUGCUGCGCGUCACCAAAUGUGAUUGCCCCGACAGUCUCAAUUGUGCUAGCCGGUCUUCUGGUCACAGUGCUGCACUUGGAGGAUUGGCUAUUCUUGUGAUGGUUCUGUCUGCGUUGUUGUUUGCUGCUUUUCUUUGUGCUAUAAUGGCAUGUCUAUGUGGUGCGGGGGCAAGCAAGGGCAAACUUGGAUUCCCUGAUGAUGCAGCACAGCAAAACUUAAUUGUAACAAAUACUGAAGCACCGGGAGCAGACGUUAUGGACCAGAAUUUUAAAAUCCCUGUGCACAUAGCAAACCCCAAUGUUUCUGGAAGUGGUCCAUCUGGUUCAAAUAUCGAAGGUGGACAAAAUGUAAAUCAAGUAAUAAUACAACAAGUAACAACUGGUGUAAAAAGACCAAUAGGUUCAAACUCCACUGGACAGUACACCAGAGAACAGCAUUUGUACGACUCGAACAGACACACUUAUGCAGAAUGGCAAAGUUAUAUGAACAAUCACCUUGUAGAUAAAUUGUACAUGUGUGGACAGGAUGAAGAACAUCAACAUGGAGAGGAUUAUGUUGUGCCAUACAAUUAUGAAGGAAAAGGAUCGGUUGCUGGGUCUGUAGGUUGUUGCAGUGACCUUCAAAGAGAAGAAGAUAGGCUUGACUUUUUAAAUACACUGGAGCCAAAAUUCAGGACAUUAGCAGAUGUUUGUACAAAGAAAUGAAUUACCCCAGCUUUUUAAAGCAACAGAAUUUGAAACUCUAUUUUUGCCCAUGUGUUUAUUUUCUCAUGACCAUUCUUAUGAAAUUAAAUUGAAAGACCAUACCAAAAUAGUAGUGUCUCCUACAAAAUAAAAAUACGCAAGAAUGUGAUGUCGCUACACAUUUUAUUGACGUUGAUUUUUACUUGAAUUAUUGUAGCAGUACUAAAUUUUAUAUGGACUGCAACCAUAGUCCUCUGUUAUAGAAUUUUUAGAAGAAUGUAUCUUCACUGCGUUGUUGUUGUUGUGUUUGUUUGUUUUUAAAGAAAGGCAGAUGGCUGUAAAAUGGUUAACUCCAUAAUAACCAAUUUUGUUCAGGCUUCCAUAUAAGUCUUUUAAUGCAGUUGACGCCAAGAGUUCUGAAUGUGUUAUUUUCUCAUUUGUUAGCAAAAAAUGUCUGCAACACUUUUCACAAGUUUUUUUUUGUCUUUGUAAAACGUUAACUUCAUUAAGUUCUGCAUCCAAUUGUUCGAAAAAGUUUUUCUUUAUGAAUUUAGCACACAUUUAUUGUAGGUAUUUCGGUAUAACCUUUUACUGAAAAUUACUGUUGUUGCCUUUUUCUUAGUCAAACUGUUUUUAGCACACUGUAGAAGUACGGUAUAUGUACAGUUUUAAACUUUAGUAAGUUUUCAUUUUGAGAAACUGCACCUUAAUUGUUUCUUAAUGUGUUUCUUUGGCAUUUAAUGCUUAUAACUUUGCAAAAAACAUUUUAAAGAAAACCUGAAAUAAUGGUUAAGAAAAUAAAUGUUUAAUGUAUGUCAUAUGCUAUGCUAUUUUUUUUCUCUUCAAAUCUAUGUAGUUAGUUUGUUAGACUUGAAUAUUUUUUUUUAUUUUUUUUUAAUCUUUCUAGUCGAUGGAACAUCCAAAAUAUGUGUUCUGUAAAUGUGCUAGCAUUAAAAAUGUAAAAAAUAAAAUAAAAAUGAAGAGAUGUACUUGAUUGGGUCAUUAUCAACAUAAACUAAUCCAAUACUUUCUUGUUGGUUUUUUUUAUUUUUUAUUACAACUUGGCAUACUCUCUGGCACUGAAAGUUCGAGAAUAAGUCAUCUCAUACUUGGGGAAAAAUAUAUAUUCUAUCUCUUGCUUUUUUAUGUAAAUUGCACUGCUAUUUAAAUUUUUGUGUUGUACAUUUUUAAAUAUGCAUCCAUUAAUAAUUUAGAAAUAAAAGAUAAUUAUGGAAGUGAGGUCUAAUUUGUAUAAGAUGCACUUUUGCAAUGUUUUAACAAAGUAAAAAUGUACAAUAUUUUCUUUGCUUGCAAAGUUUAAUAUUGUGCAACAAUAAAUACAAUCACUGCAAAACAAAAUGUACAGUGUUAAUAAAAAUAUUUUUGUAAGAAUAUGCUAUUGCAUAACAACUGCGUUACAUGUCUACCACGUAAAAUACUGUAUAAAAUGUAUGAUUUGAUUCCAGAUACUUUUAGUACUUUGUUUUAAUUUUAUGUGUUAUAUAAUAAGAUUUUUGAUCUAAUUAAUAUUUUCAAAGGUAUAACUUGUAAUGUUUUAGAAUGAAUUCUAUCUUGACCAUUAGACUGGUGUGCCAAGGCAAUAUUUUACCACCUAUAAGAAAUACUGCUGGCUGUCACUAAUCUCAAAUUGUUUGGAGAUAAUCAUUUUAAAAGCCCUGUUUUGAAUUGGAAAAAACAAAUUCAUGAAUGUAUGAAAUUGCUAAUGAUAUCUGGAAAUUGUUAUUACUGUUUCGUACAAUUCUACAGUAUUUUUAAAUAAAUUAAAUAUCUUAUA